AUGGAGUUUUUUAUACCUUAUUUGUAUAUAAUAUGUGUUAUAUUUAUCAUAAAUGUUACUAGUACAGGUGGGGGGACAGAUGAUGAUAUUAAUAAUAUUGAAGGUAAAUCAAUUUUAGGUACUAGCCAUUAUAAUAUAUCAAAUAUAAAUUUAUCUGCUAUCCCUAAUUUGGAUAGUAGCAUACCUGUUGGUCUUUCAAGUGAUACCAAAAAAUGGUCAUCUAAUAAUCCUACGUCUAUAAAAGAUAAGAAAAAAAAAGAAAUAAAACCUAAAGAUAUUAUGAAUAAUAAUGAUACAUCUAAUUCUUCUUCAAGAAAUAAAGAAAAUAAUAAUCCAAUAAAAUCUGUAUUAUUAAAAGAAAAUAAAGGAAUAAAAAUUACUGGACCAUGUAAUGCAAAUUUGUCAAUAUUUCUUGUUCCACAUAUAUAUAUUGAUGUUGAAACAAAAUAUAAUAAUAUUCAAUUAAGAUAUAAGUUGGAUGAAUGUAGUGAAUCAAUAAAAUUCAAAGAUACAACUACAGAAUUAAGUACGUCUGAUGAUACUUCGUUGAAUGUUAAUUUUAAGGCAGGUGUAUCAAGAGAUACUAUGGAUAAGGACAGAUUAUAUAAUAUAUGUGAAGAUAAUAAAACAUUUAAAUUUGUAGUAUAUAUUAUAGAUAAUAUUUUGACACUUAAAUGGAAAGUAUACGAAACAGGAGUUACAAAUAACAAAGUAGAUAUCAGACAAUAUAAAAUGAAAGAACUAAGUAGUCCUAUCACAACAUUUCAAAUUCAUAGCGUGUCAGAAAAUAAAGACUUCCAUGUAUUGGAAACUAAAAAUUAUGCUAUAAAAACAGAUAUCCCAGAAAAAUGUGAUAUUAUGGCAACAAAGUGCUUUUUGAGUGGAAAUAUAAAUAUCGAAAAAUGUCUAGAAUGUACCUUACUUGUUCAGAAUAAUGAUACAUCAAGCGAAUGCUUUACAUAUGUUUCAAAGGAUGUUCGCCAAAAUUUCAAUCAAAUUAAAGCAGAAGCAGAAGAUGAUGAAAAUUUUCGUGAUUAUCAUCUUACAGAUAUUAUAAAUAAUAUAUUGACAAAAAUAUACAAAAUAUAUAAAAUAAAUAAAAUAAAUAAAAAUGAAGAAAAGAAAGAAUUAAUAUCACUAGAAGAAUUAGAUGAUUUUUUGAAAGAGAGAAUAACAGAUUAUUGUAAAAUAUUAAAAGAACUCGAUAUGAAUGGAACAUUAGUAAAUCAUGAAUUAGGAAAUAAUGUGGAUGUAUUUAAUAAUUUAAUAAGAUUAUUAAAAUUACAUGAAAAUGAAAGUAUAAGUACCUUACAUCAUAAAUUAAGAAAUUCAGCAAUUUGUAUGAAAUAUCCUGAUAAAUGGAUAGAAAAAAAAAGAGGUCUAAUAUUACCAAAUAUAGAAAAUAAUAAUAUAAUAUAUAAUAUUAAAUAUGAAAAAUUAAAUGAAGAAAAAAAAAAAAAAAUAGAUAAUAAUAUGUUAGAUGAGCAUGAUAUUAAAAUUAGUGAUAUUAAAAAUAUUAAAAAAAAAAAUAUAUAUUUAUUUUCUAAUAAUACAUUAGAACAUUUUAAUAAUGAGAAACAAUUUUGUAAUAGUUCCUAUUGUAAUAGAUUAAAAGAUGAAAAUAAUUGUAUAUCAAAAAUUCAAAUUGAAGAUCAAGGAAAUUGUUCAAUUUCUUGGAUUUUUGCAUCUAAAUAUCAUUUCGAAACUUUAAAAUGUAUGAGAGGUUAUAAACCACAUGCAAUUUCUGCAUUAUAUAUAGCUAACUGUAGUAAAAGAAAACAUAAAGAUAGAUGUAAUGUGGGAUCUAAUCCAUUAGAAUUUUUACAAAUAAUACAAGAAAAUAAAUUUUUACCUAUGGAAACAAACUAUUUAUAUACUUAUACAAAAGUAGGCAACCAUUGUCCAGAUGAAGAAAAGAAAUGGGUAAAUUUGUUGGAACAUACAAGAAUGAUAAAUUAUAAUAAUAAAGAUUUUACUACAUUAUCUACUAAAGCUUAUAUAGCAUAUGAAAGUGAAACAUUUAAGAAAGACAUGCAUUCAUUUGUUAAAUUAAUAAAAGAUGAAAUAAUGAACAAAGGUUCAGUUAUUGCUUAUGUAAAAGCUGAAAAUGUCCUAGGUUAUGAAUUAAACGGAAAGAUAGUUCAAAACUUAUGUGGUGAUAAAACACCUGAUCAUGCAGUUAAUAUUGUUGGUUAUGGUAAUUAUAUAAAUGAUGAAGAUGAGAAAAAAUCUUAUUGGCUUGUAAGAAAUAGUUGGGGUAAAUAUUGGGGAGAUGAAGGUUACUUUAAAGUUGAUAUGUAUGGACCAUCAAAUUGUGAAAAUAAUUUCAUCCACAGUGUAGUAGUAUUUAAUAUUAAUAUGCCUAAGAAUAAGAAAUGUGCUGUAAAGAGAACACUUCCAUUAUAUAACUAUUACUUGAAAAACUCUCCUGAUUUUUAUCAUAACCUUUAUUAUAAAAAUUUUAAUUCUAAGAAAAGUAUGAAUUUGGUUAAUGCGUCUGAUGAACGUAAAAAUAUUUAUGACCAAGAAGAUAAGGUAAACAAUGAAAAAAGAAGUAAGGUUUUAAAUUCGGAAGUAACUACUUCAUUAUCAUCACAAAGAUAUGAUAAAGAUGACAAUACAGAUACAAUAAUAGGACAUAGGCAAGAUAUAAACACACAAGAAAAAAAUAUCAAGGAUGAAUUUCAUAAAUCCUCUAUAACAAAUAAUAAUGUAUCAUCAUCUAAUAUGACCAUAAGUAAUAAGAAUACAAAUAAGGUUAAAAUAUAUCACAUUAUCAAACAUGUAAAGAAUACAAAAAUAAAAAUAGGUUUUGUUAAAUACGAUAAUUAUAAUAUCAUAGGAAUGAAUCAUACAUGUUCAAGAUCUUAUUCAGCAGAUCAAGAGAAACAUGAAGAAUGUAUUAAAUUUUGUGAACUUCAUUGGAAUGAAUGUAAAGAUAAAACAUCCCCUGGAUAUUGUUUAACAAAACUGAAGGGAUCAGAUGAAUGUUUUUUCUGUUAUGUGUAA